AUGCACCUUUUCCGGUCAUCAGACGCUGUCUCCAGGCUCUACCUCUUCGUCGGCAGUCUCGCUUUCGCCAUCCAUCAAUCCAUCUCGCAGUGCCUCGAGAGGUGGCUUGCGAUCGGCGAGACAGCAAAGCGUUCCGUUCGAAGGAAUCUUGAAGCGCUCAAUUCUCACAUCGAAGAUGCUCUUGUUCCUACUGAUCCCCUAUCGGCCUUUGGGGGUGACUUUCAACUACCAGACUUCUCUUAUCCGUUCUCAUCGUCUACAGAUGACUUCUUCUCUCAAUUCUCGCCUGAUGCGCUUUUUCCUCCCAAGCUUUCCAACCAAUUAACUGAGAUCAUGACCGAAUUGGUUGAAACUUCAAAGUCUAUGUGUCUCGGCAAAUCAGGAGCUUCACCACCACUUGACCUUUUAGAGCUCUCUACACUCCUGGGGGUAUCUAAUAUCUCCGCCUCUGUUUCUGCAUUCUUCCACUCUCUCCAUUGGCAUUUGCCUGUAGUGCAUUUCCCGACAUUUGACCCAGGCAAUGUUUCUAAUCCCCUUCUUCUUUCAAUAUUCUUGUCUGGUGCUACGUAUACAUUUCCUUUGGACGGCGGCACCCUUCCAUCGGGUCUUUUUGAUGUGGCGGAAGAGUACAUCUUUCGGAACAUUGCGAGUCUGGCAGCAGUUCCUUCUCCCAAAGACUCUACACAUCUUCUAUCGACUGUUCAGCUAAUCCAGAGUGCACUCAUUAUUGAAAUGCUUCAAUUUGGGCGUGAUGACAUGCAAACGAGACGGCGGAUUCGCAUUGUCCGUCAUCCGUGUCUGGUCUCCACCAUAAGAUCCCUAGGGAUUUUCCAGCUCAAACGGCGAACUGCCCCAAUAGUAUGUGAUGAGAUGACCUGGAAGGUCUUAGUUGCAGAAGAAGUCUGCAUACGGAUCGCCUGUUGGGUCUUCCUUGCCGAUGGAUUCCUCACAGUUUGUUUCAAAAAUAACCCAGCAAUCUCGGUCUUUGAAAUGGAUUGUCAUUUCCCGUGGAGUGCUGGGUUAUGGGAGGCUGAAAGUGCAUCCUCUUUCAGCAAAAUCGCCAUGGCGCACUCGGCCAACCUCCCACUUCCUCCACUGAGAGAUGUGGUCACCCAGCUUCUCGAGACACAAGACGAAGUCUCAAUACCAUGGAGUCUUUCGGUAUCUGUGGAACACCUUCUUAUUUUGAUAUACGCGAUCAACUCACUCGCAUUCCAAACAAGAUCAGGCUUGUUAAGAUAUUUGUCAAUCGAAAAGAUACGGCGCGCAUCGGCAAAUUGGAAGCGCAUCUGGGAUUCCGUCACUGGGCUUUUGGACAAGGAUCAAUUUUUCCAUAUUGGGUACCCCAAACAUGCUCAAGAGCUUUGGUGGUUGUUGAAUGCUACGCUAGAGGUCUCCAGCAAUUCUGAUGCUAAUUUUCGGUAUUUGGACAACACUGCGACCGAUGACUUGGGGAAUUUGAAUGAUUUCAUUCAGUGGUGUUAUCAGAGUGCACAAUGA